AUGCUGCCUACCAACGUGCUAGAAAACUGUAUUGACUGCACUUUAGCAAUUGCCAGCUGGCACCUCGACCAUGCCCCACUGAAAUCCCCUGUGGCCACCUGCUCAGAUGGCAGAAUUAUCGUUGCCACUUGGGCAGCUGGGCUGCCUGGUGCUGAUAAUAUCUGGGAGCCAAGAAAGUGUGUCAUCCACAGCAGCAGCAACUUGUUACGGCUUUGUUUGAUUUGGCUGGUCUCCAGUUUCUUUGCGGAAUCCAGUGGGCAGAUUGUCAUCACUCAGACACCGGCUUCCUUACAGGCAAGUCCCAGGGACAGAGUGACAAUCCAGUGCAAAGCUGCCUCUUCUGUCGGCCGUUAUAUGGCCUUAUAUCUGUUUAAAUCAGGUCAGAACCCCAAGCUACUGAUUCAUUCGGGUUCAACCCGCUUUGAAGGGACCCCUGAUCGCUUCAGUGGCAGCUACAGCGGCAACGACUUCUCCUUCACUAUCAACGGUGUCCAUGCCAAGGACGAAGGGGUUUAUUACUGUGGCCAGCACAACAUCACACCUUUCCACAGUGAUACACUUCAGUACAAAAACCAGCUCAGUGGCCUAAGACAGCAGGAAGGAAUGGCAGUGGGUGUGUUGCAGCAGCACCGCCCUUGCAGUUUGCUGAAUGAGAGGGGCCUGGAAUGGAGUAUGACAAAGGGGGUGAGGACCAAUGGCUCUGCAGAUCAACCAAUAGGAAGACAGCCUGGGCCUGACUGUUCCAGGUGA